AUGCAGUUCAACCUGGCCUAUGAAGUGUUACUUCUGUACUACAUAAUUGCCAAAGCAGUCAGUCUGAAAUGCCAUUGUACGAACAACUUUAGUCGCUUCGACGGUCUUGGUGAAUAUAUCCCCUGUGUUAACAAUACUUGCGAUGUGGAUGAUGAAGAUGGAGGUGAGAGAAUUAAAGUAAUCCUAUUGUUACCCUAACUUAAAUGAACUGUAACCAUGAGUUUUUUUGUCCUAGCUUCAUCUGGUCCUGCCCUAGUAAAAAACUGACCAUAUCAUACCCUUAGCCUGCCCUAUGCCUACUCUUACCUUGCUAUAGCCUCACCCUACACUGAACAAGCAGCUAUACCCAUAGCCAAGUUUAAUCUACCCUACCUUAUCCUACGCUACGCUACGCAACGCUACCUUACCCUGCCCUACCCUACCCUACCCUACUCAUUACCUACCCUAUGAUUACCAUAGCCCUACUGGAACCUAGCGCUACCCUAGUAAGCCAUAACCUACCUAGAUCUUUCUUCAGCCCUACUCUAGACAAACCCUAUUCUAAUUACACCCUACCCUAUCUCUACCAUAACGUAACCCUUCCUUAGUCAUACCGUAAACUACCCUUAUCUUUUUCCCGCCCAACUCUAGUCAUACCUAAAACCCAGCUCUAUCCUAGUAAUCCAAAACCUAGCCCUACCUUAACCAUGCCGUAGCCUAAUCCUAACAUUCAAAUUCCAGGCUGCAUGAUCCUCACAGUCCACGCCAGCAACAAGAAAGCCUUUCGCUGCGUCAAAAACUACACCAUGAACGGCGAUUGCGAAAACUUUAUUCAAUCCUUUGCCAUGGGCACUACCUGCCGCUGCAACUCUUCCGACUUCUGUAACCUCAAAGAAUUCAAUCGACCAAAAGAAACAGAACCUAAUGAGCUGAUCAAGAAGAUUAGACAAAAAGUCCGAUCAUUGAAACUUGCAACCUACGGCAAUUCGUUUUUGGACGAUGAUUUGAAAGCUCAUGAGAAGAAAGUCAAGAAGAUAAUAAAGAACGAAAAAGAUGGUACUGCUGUUACGCCUGGUAGACGGUUUAAACUGGCACCGGCUGAAAGUGAUGAGUUUGUGGUUAGUAAAGUUGAGGAGGAGACUACUACUGCUAAAAGGGAAGAGGAGACUACUACUGUUAGAAGCAAGAUUGUUGAAGAAAAACAGUAUGUUACUGAUGUUAUGGGAGGACAAAGUAAAGAAGUAGAUGAUGAAGAAGAUAAAACAGAAGCGGUAGAUGAUGAAGAAAGUGAACAAGAAGGAGAAGAUGAUAGGGAAUAUAAAACUGAAGCAGAAGAUGAUGAAGAAGGUACAGCAGAAGCCGUAAAAGCAAAAGAUGAAAAAAUAGCCCCAGAAGAAUAUGCAAAAGAAGAAGAAGAAAAGGCUUUGCCAGAAGACGUAGAAGAAAUAGCAAAAGCCAUAGAAGCUAUAGAACAGAAAAUGAAGCCAAAUGAAAAUUCAGGAAACAAAGGAAAGAAAACACAAGUUCUAGAAGCAGACACUAAACCAGAACAAGCUGUAGAAGAUAAAGCAGACCAAGUACAAGCCGUAGACGACAAAAAUAAGCCACUACAAGCCCUAGAACAAGCCACUAAGCCAGCACAAGCUGUAGUUUCCCAAACAGGUCCAGUACAAGCAAUCCAAGCCAAGAAAGGAAAAGAAAAUGAACAACCAGAAGCCGCUCAAGAACAAAAGAAACAAAAAGAGAUGAAGAACAAAGAUCAAAAGAACGGUAGAAAUCAAAACACAGCCAAGAGAAGUUUAGCCCUGCUCCUGAACAAUCGUCAGGAGAAAGAUGAAGGUACUAAAAUAGACUUGCAAGGCUUUGAGAAGGAAGCUAAAGCCAAAGCUACUACCACUGUUUCUCCAAACAAUCAGGCUACUAAGCAAAUUUCUACGUUACCUACAGAGCUUCAAUCUUCAAGCUCGUCUACUCAGCUUCGAACUUCUAAGCGCUCUUCUAAGCCUCCUACAGAGCCACAAACAUCCAAUGUAGCACCUACUCCACCUAUAAACCCUCAACAACCCAAAACAUCAUCCAGCUCGCCAACAAAACCUCAACCUAAAGCAUCAUCAACCUCCUCAACCACAGCUCUAGAAUCCCAACCCGUCAAGCCAGAAACAUUCGAAGAGAUGCAAGACUGGCUAGAAGGUAACGAAGGCAAGAAGAAGAACUGUGAAGAAAAUCCAGAAGUCAAGCGAACUUUCCUAUUAGAAGGCGAAGAAGGUAACGACAAUGACAACAACACUAUCCGUAUAUCAAACCCUGAUAAAGCCACAAUACUUAAACUAACAAACAAUACAGACUCGACGAACAGUAGUAUCACAGAGAUACUGAAAGACAACAUCACAGAAGCCCUCAAAGAGAACAAUGAAGUUGAAGAAUUAUGGUCAAACGAAGUGAAACCGGUUGUGAUCAAGCUGCCAUUCCGGCCUACGGUAGUCGAGAAACAAGUGAAUGAGGACAAGGCUCGUCAUCAACUAGCGAUGAUAACUAGAAUGAUGAACCUAAGAGCCAGAAAAGAAAUGGCGAAGAGAGAGAAUCAACAGAAGGUCAAGAGCUUUGUCAAGAAGAUUGAGAUUAAUAUCUUGGUCUUGGUGGCUCUUACUAUGCUUUUGUUUCUUUGUUGUGGAUUUUAG